AUGCCACCAAUAUAUACUUUGUAUAGUGAAUCUACUGAUGCCAAAAAUUUUCAAGGAUGUGGAUAUAAAUUAGAUAGUAAAGAACGUGAACUUGAAUCUCAAUGCAAUAAAAGCGUAAUUAAUGUGAUUACUAAAGAGCUAGAAAAAAAAAAUGCCAAGAUUUUACAUCUUCAGAAAAAAUUAAAUUGGUACAUUAAUGACAAAAAUCAAAAUAACUUGAUUAAAAAACAACUCAAAGAAAAAAUUAAAGAGUUGAAAAGCAAAAAUACCAAUCUUACUAAGUAUAAAGCCAAAUAUUAUAGUAAACUAAAAGAAGCGAAUUCAUUCCAAUCUAGAAUCAAGUCAUUGGAAGAAGAAUUAUCUUUAACUCAGAAAUACUCAUCAAAAAAAGAUUCUGAGAUAAUGUCUCUCAAAGCUGAAUUGGUGAAUAUAAAGAUUGAAUUAGAUUCUAAGAUCAGUAAGCUUGAGCAUCUAAAAUCAGAGGAUAUUUUAGUAUCUGUGGUUGGUGAAGAUAGUGAAAAAAAUAUAUCAAAGUCUAGACCCGAAGAGAAAGAGGCUAAGUCUUGCUCUGCAUCAUCGUUGCUUUGCAAUAAUAAUAUCUCUGCAAUUAGUAAAACUAGCAAAAAUCUCAGUCAAUAUUUUGCAUGCAGAAAAAUUAUGAAUGAAGUCAAAAAAAUUAGCACUGAUAUACUGACUCAUACCAAUGAUAAAAUUAGUCCAAUAUUAGAAUCUUCAAAAAUCGAUACUAAGGUUACUUCUAAGAUAAGUGAUGAAACUAUUAUUAAUGAAAAUAAUAAAGAUAAUAUAUUACAACCAAUCAAUGCAGAAAACUAA